AUGUCUCUAGACCCCCCUACUUAUCUCUCAUCGCUUCAAAACAACAUCCGCGCGCGCCCGAUUCCCUGGGAUGGUGCGGUACGGGCUGGAACCAUCAGCGAGGAUCAAUUGAGCAAGAUCCGAGCUGUAGACAAGGUCAGGAAGGAGCAGAGGAAAGAGAUUAUUGAGGACGAUCUGGAGGGCUACUGCACGCUUUUUGUAGGUGCACCUGGAAAGCCCAGCGUCUUCGAGUCUGCUGCGAAGGGGGCGCAUGUUGUGCAAUACGUCCUAGUUUUGCUAGGAGAUCUACUCGAUGGCAUUCCAGCCCUCCUGACAGCUAUUUUGGAGCAUCCCGAUCCUUACAAGCCUUUCCUACCAAUACUCGCACAAUCGAACGACCCCGAGAGUCCUAUACCCCUUCUUACUUCGACUGUCCUUGCAAAGUUACUGGGAGGAGCUCCAGAUUUGACCGACGAAGGGUCGUCAGCACUACGCAAGCUAUUCUCAUACCUGUCUACCUUGACCAAGACGACAGAUGGGGGUUUGCAGGAUAUUGCAGUGUUACAGUACUCUGGCUUAUUGCGCGGCAAGAAAUCGAGGCAGCUGUUUUGGGAACAUAGGAGCGAGACCGUAGCACCGCUUAUUGAUAUUUUGCGAGCUGCGGUAGGUAUCGAUUCAGCCAACGAUUCAGCAUCACUCUGGAGUGGUGCUACCGUCGGUCGGACCAAUGUUGAAGGGACUCUUGGCGGGGGUGUUGGUCUCCAAUUACUCUAUCACGCCCUCUUGGUUCUGUGGCAGCUCAGCUUUGAGGGCGAAACUGUCGGGGAGGGCCUAGAAGAUGAGUAUGAUAUUAUUCCUCUAUAUACGCAGCUUCUUCGACUGUCACCUAAGGAGAAAACUACCCGACUUUUAAUAUCAUCUCUGUAUAACCUGCUUUCCACAAACAUGCAGACGCUGUUGCCCACUGCUGGGCUAGCCCGUCUUCCGGCAUUGCUACAGAACAUCACCGGCCGACAUCUUACAGAUCCUGAUCUUAUAGAGGAUCUCCAGAAUCUCAGUGAGAUGCUUGAAGAAUAUAAGAAAACCCAAACAACAUUUGAUGAGUAUGCUGCCGAGGUCAACUCGGGACACUUGCGUUGGUCGCCACCACAUCGAAGCCCAACGUUCUGGGCCGAAAAUGCUCGCCGAAUCCUCGAGCAUGACAAGGGCGAAUUGCCAAAGAAGCUUGCAGAAAUCAUGAGCAAGCCUUGGGAUAAUGACAAGCAAGUCCUUGCUAUUUCAUGUAAUGAUAUAGGAAACUUGGUCAGGGAGGUUCCCGAGAAAAGGUAUCAACUGGAGAGGCUUGGGUUGAAGUCUAGAGUCAUGGAGUUGAUGUCCGAGAAAGAGGAGUCUGUGAGAUGGGAGAGCUUGAAUGCUUUGUCUGGGUGGUUGAGAUACAGUUUUGAGACAAAGUAA